GUUUAAACCUGGCGCUCCGCGCACGGGUAGGUGAGCGCCCUCCCCCGAGUGGUCAGGGCGCCGCCGAGUCGCCAGCGCGGCUGGAGGGCUGCGGGCUCCGCGGUCACCAUGCGACCCGAGGCGGCGGCCGGAGCCCGGGACGAGCGGGGGCACGUCUGUCACUGCCCCGCGGACGGUCCCCGGAGGCCAUCGCCGCAGCCGCGCGAGCCGGAGAGCCUUGCACCAUGGAGACCUUGGACUCUGACACCCCGCGAUGCUGAGCUGACCACAAGUGGAAGCCCGCUUGAACCUGCGGGUGACCAGCAGGCUUCUGGAUCAAAGGGGGCCUUCGGGUUUCAGCACCCUGUAAGACUUUAUUUACCCAUUUCAAAGCGUCAAGAAUAUCUGCAGAGUUCCGGGGAGAAGGUGCUGGCCAGUUUCCCAGUGCAAGCCACGAUUCACUUCUACAACGAUGCAUCCGAUUCAGAGGAAGAGGAGGAGGAAGAAUCCCAGGCCUCUGACCUUCAGUGCCAGGAUGCAGAGCAGGCCGAAAGCGCCCAGGAGCAGAGGGCAGAGAGCAGCUGAUCCCCCCGGGACGGGGAUCUGGAGGCCUCGGUGGGAAGGGUCCCCUCGCCCACGGCCACUGUCCUGGGAGUACUGAGCACUCCUCAUCCAAGUAAACGGGGCCUCUCUCCGCACCCAGCCGCCUCACCCUUGCUCGUGGGGACAGCCAUGCCAGGACACUCUGCAUUUCCCCAGGGUGCACAGGGGAUUGGGACAGCUUUCACUGCCUCUGGUGAGCACUCGCUCAAGACAGGAACUCAGCUUUUACUUCUUCUGUGACUCUUCUUCAGGGCACUCAUGCUGUUGAGAAAGAAUUCUAGGACCAAGUGAAGGUUUGCAUCAACAGGGGUCAUUAUCCUGUAGGGCCAGCUUUCAAAGCACAUUCAGCAUUCAACACGGUCACUCUGCUGAUCAAAUGACAAAUAAUUCCAAUACAGAUUAGUAACCAGCCCAUGCCUCUUACCCAACCUGAGAUGCAUCAUUGAGCUGUGUCUGCUUCUGCGACAGUGAAAUUGUCUAAGUCGCCUAGUGGCAGCCUAGAAAUGUCUAUUCAUGAAAAACAAACAAAACACUGAAUAAUUUCCAUAA